AUGGCGGAAGACGCCGCUGACGAGGACGAACUCCUCUACGACGACCUGAACGAGGACGAUCUCGGCGAGGAGGAGGUCCCUGUCGUGCAGGAGGGCGCAAAAGCAGGAGAGGACGAUCCGGCGGGCGCGGCGGCGACCGCCACGGCGACCCCCCCGACCGACGCGGGCGGCGAUCCUCCCUCUGCUGCCCCUGCCACGGCGAUUAGCGAAUCGCUCGCGGUCGCCGCGGCGGCGGACCCAAACGCGCCUACGGGUGUCAUCAUCAGCGGACUCUCAUGGUGGACGACGGACGUCGAGGUCGAGGAGUACUGCUCAGAGUACGGUGCGGUGAAGAGCUUGACGUUCACGACGGACGUCCUGAAUGGUAAAUCCAAAGGGAUCGUCCGCGUCGAUUUCGACGACGGCGCCGCCGCGGGAGACGCCGCUCGCGCCGCGGCGAUGUGCUACGAGAAGUUGCCAUACAAGAGGAUCAACGGGAGAGACAUUAACGUGAAAUUUGCGCCGAAGAUGACGGAGUCCUCGGCGACGCAGCCGCCCUUGCCCGCCGGGAAGCCCCCGGACACUCGGUGGCGGGGAGCUGUUCCAGGUCAGGCCUCGGGUCAGUACGGCGGCGGAUGCAGAUGGGGGCUGCUAUGA